GGCGCGAUCCGGAAAAAAGAAUAUCCGAAGACUUGGCAUUAUCUCUUCGACGUCCUGCGACCUCUCCACAGUCUGGGCUCCUACCAUAUUGCAAUCCACUGAUUUAAGAGCCUUGAACGAACAGAAAACAUGGCGAGUGCAGUGGCACCCUUCAACCCACGACCUAUGCUGCAGAGCUUGGUCGACAAAGAAGUAAUCGUCAAGCUCAAGUGGGGAGAAUCCGAGUACAAGGGCCGCCUCGUGUCUAUCGACCAAUAUAUGAACAUUCAACUCGCCGGUACGGAGGAGUUUGUGGGUGGGAACAGCUCAGGGACACUAGGACAAGUCUUGAUACGGUGCAACAACGUGCUGUGGAUUGGCGACGCCGCGCAAGUCUCACCAAAGGGCCCAAGCGAUGCAACUAUGUCUGGUUGAGGCAACGACAUAGGGACCGCAGAAUCUUAGUCUACGAUACUAGCAUCAUUCACGGCCGGGCGCAAUCGUGGGGCUCUAGCCUUGGAGAAAGAGAGCGUGAUGUGUUUCGGGCCUAUAAUUUGCCCGAUCCUGUCCAUCUGAAUGGAAGAAGGUGCUAGGCGCGGCCAAAGCGUUUUGAUACCAAGGGAACAAUGGAUGCACAGUCGGCGGGAAACCCGGGGUCAAAAUUACACUCUCUCACGUAAAUCUCUUGCCUACUCGACUUCUUCCACAGCUGGUCCCCUUCCUCGGGUCUUGUUCUCGCCCCCCAGCGCGGUCAACCCCAAUCCCCUUAAACUCUCCUCUAGCCCAAAGUUAUGCCCUAAUGGGACCCCCUCACCCCUGAU